AUGGAAGUUGUUGGAGAGGCUUUUCUUUCUGCGUCCCUUGGACUCUUGUUCAGCAAACUGGACUCCUUUGAUUUGUUGAAGUACGCACGCGAAAAGCAAGUCCACACCGAGCUCAUGAAAUGGAAGACAAGACUGUUGGAGAUUCGGGAAGUGCUCGACGAUGCUGAGGACGAGCAGUUCAAUAAGCAGGACGUGAAAAGAUGGCUCGCAGAUCUCAGGGAUUUGGCUUAUGAUGUGGAGGACGUCUUGGACGAGUUUGGCUACCAAGUGAUGAGAAGAAAGUUGGUGGCGGAGGGUGAUGCGGCCAGCACAAGCAAGGUACGCAAAUUCAUCCCUACUUCAAUUCAGGCUAUGCGGAAUGUUAUGCUGGGGUCCAAGAUAGAGAACAUCACUCGCCGAUUAGAAGAAAUUUCAGCCGAGAAGGCUAAGUUUGGUUUGGAAAAGCUCAAAGGGCAGAUCGAAGGCGCCAGAGCAGCUACUCAAAGGCCAACCCCUCCACCACCUUUGGCAUUCAAACCUGGGGUAUACGGCAGGGAUGAAGAUAAAACCAAGAUACUAGCCAUGCUUAAGGAUGAAUCCCUCGGUGGCAAUCUGUCUGUAGUCUCGAUCGUGGCCAUGGGUGGGAUGGGAAAAACUACGCUGGCAGAUCUAGUGUACGAUGAUGAGGAGACAUCCAUACAUUUUGCUUUAAAAGCUUGGGUUUGUGUGUCUGAUCAAUUUCAUGUGGAGACCAUAACCAGGGCAGUUUUACAGCACAUUGCUCCAGGCAACAAUGAUUCGCAGGACUUUCAUCAAAUUCGACGCAAACUGAGGGACGAAACCAAGGAAAAAAAUUUUGAUUGUUCUUGA